CGAGCUGAGUCUGACUCUUGAGUCUUGACGGAGGCCAGCACUGCCACUGGCACUGGAGCUUGAAGUUGAACUUGAAGUCUAUACCCCGGCAGGGCGCCUGCUGCCAAAGGUGUGGAGGGCAUGCAAUAAGAUUCUAUAGUUCUGGAGCAGCUGAGUGGAGCCAAGUCGAGUGGCAAGCUGCUGGGUCGCUUUUGUUUGCCCAACUUCAGGCAUUGGGUUUUGCAGUUUGCGGGGGCACGGGCCAAGUUGAGUUGAUUCCGGUCUGCACAAUGGCAGGGGGACAUGGGCCUGGCAUCACAUAUGCAGGUCUCACGUUGUAUCCUCCAAAGCGGUGGCAGGUCCGGACAGGGCAGGGAAUGUGUGCGCUCAUGUGGUUUUGGAUCCUAUACAGAGCCAAGGAGGACGGGGCUGUCUUUCUAGGACUGCGGCACCCGUGGGAUCAUCACGCCCAUGGUCAUUCUGCAAACCACGACGAUGGGCAUUCACAUACUGACAAGGUUCCGUCAAAGGCAGAUCAAUAAGCAAAAACCAAAAAACAUGUCGGCAUAUGUGCAUUUCUUCUUAUGGCGAUCAUUGACGCAUGUGAGCUUUUUGUUUGGAUGGCGUUCGAUAAUAAGACUGUCGAAAUGCACCAUCUAGUCGUGUUCAAUGAUUUCCUUCAUCCAACUAGCGUGAC